GAAAAAGUUUCGCAAAAAGGGUUCAUCCGUGGAAUUGUCCAUAAAAUAUUCAAUUGAGACGAUUAACAAGUCGCGCAGUAAUUUAUUUAAAUUUAAAGGAUUAGUAAAUCUAUAUCUACUAAAUCUGGAUAUACUAAAAGGAUCAUAGGCCGGAAUUUUGGAUUUCAGUAUCUCUCGGUACUGUAACGACUUUGGUACGAAUAAAGGACACUUCUACUAAACAAUUUGAUAUCUACGAGGAUUUAAAACCCAUUAUAUUCAAAUUUAUACGUUAUCUUGGUAUAUUUUUCAUUUAAAUCAUUGACAUUUGCAUUUUUGGAGAGGAAACAAAAGUAAAGAAAGUAAAUUAUAUUUUGACACACAAUUAUUUUUUCUGCGAAAAAAAAGUAAUAAAACAAGAAAGUAAUGAUGGAAGAUCAGGUUAUGGAACAACCGACAACAUCCAACAGUGCUCAGGCAUUUAGCUAUGAUGAUUUAUUUCCCGCACUUCCUGAGAGCGCAACACCUAAAUUCCCAGCUGCCGUUGCGUCCAAUAACAUCAAGCGCAUUGGAAGUACUGUCGUGACUCAGGUUUUCUAUGUCCCGUCAUCAGAACGAAAGUACGAGAAUGACAAGUUUGGUGAGGGAGAAUCGCUCAGAACAUGUCAACAAAUCAUGAAAGAAACUGGCGCUCAUAUUGAGAUUACAAGCAGCAAGGACCAAUCAUUGACAUUCUUGGUAACUGGAAAGGCUAAUGAAGUUUUGGAAGCUCGCCGUAAGAUUUUCAUUCACUUCCAAACGCAAGCUAGUAAGCAAAUUUCAAUCCCACGUGAACAUCAUCGUUGGAUUUUGGGAAAGAAGGGAGAUAGAUUACGUGACUUGGAGAAGACUACAGCUACGAAAAUUAAUGUUCCAAGUAUAAGCGAAGAGAGUGAUCUUAUCACAAUUCAAGGUACUAAGGAAGGCAUUGAAAAAGCUGAACAUGAAAUUCGUACAACGAGUGAUGAACAAUCUCGCAAGGCAUUUGAACGUAUUACUGUCCCAAAGAUUUAUCAUCCAUUCAUUCUCGGACCAAAUAAUGAGAAUCUUGCUAAAAUGGUUGAAGAAACUGGUGCACGCAUUAAUAUUCCGCCACAAUCGGUCAUGAAAGAUGAUAUUGUUAUUACUGGUGAAACAGAAGGUGUACAAUUAGCUAAGACACGUAUUGAAGCCAUUCAUAAGGAAAUGGAAAAGAAAUGUACUAGUGUUGGCGUUGAAGUUCCACGUGCUCAGCACAAAUAUGUCGUUGGACCACGUGGUACAACAAUUCAAGAAAUUUUACGUAUUACUGGCGUUAGUGUUGAAAUGCCAUCAACAGAUGCAGCUACUGAUACAAUCAUUCUCCGUGGUCCUCAUGAGAAAUUAGGCAAUGCUCUCGCUACAGUUUAUGAAAAGGCAAAUUCUGUUCAAUCACGCAUUUUGGAUUGUCCAUUAUGGCUUCAUAAAUAUAUUAUUGGACGCAAAGGUGCUAGCAUCAAGGAAUUAACAUCCUCUUUCCCGAAUGUUCAUGUUGAAUUUAAAGACGACACAAUUAAGGUUGAAGGUCCACCAUCUGAAGUUCCAGAUGCUGUUGAACAAUUGGAAAAAACUGUAAAGAAUUACAUCGAACGAUUAACAUUCAUUGAAAUGGAAGUUAAUCCAAAUCAUUAUAAGCAUAUUAUUGGCAAGGCUGGUUCCAAUAUUAAUCGUAUUAAGGAUGAAAUGGAUGUUGUUAUUAACAUCGAAGAAAAGGAUAAAGUCAGUACAAUACGUAUUGAAGGCUCACCGGACGGAGUCCAAAAAGCACAACGAGAACUUCUUGAAAUGAUUGAGAAAUUGGAAAAUGAGCGAGAACGUGAUGCUAUCAUUGAUCAUCGUUUGUUCAGAACUAUUAUUGGUGCAAAGGGAGCUCGUAUUCGUGAGAUACGCGAAAAAUUCAACCAAGUUGUAAUCACCUUCCCAAACCCAAGUGAAAAAUCUGAUGUUGUUAAAAUUCGUGGACCAAAAGAUGACGUUGAUAAGUGCUACAAGCAUUUAAUGAAAGUCGUUAAGGAAUUGCAAGAAUCCAACUUUGUCAUGGAAGUGCCAAUUUUCAAGCGUUUCCAUAAAUUCAUUAUCGGAAAAGGUGGUGCUAACAUCAAGAAAAUUCGCGAUGAAACACAGACAGAAAUCGAUUUGCCAGCUGAAGGUGAUGAGAAUAAUGAUGUCAUCGUUAUUACAGGGAAAAAGGAGAAUGUAACAGAAGCUAGCGAACGUAUUAAGAAGAUUCAAAAUGAGCUUGCAAAUAUUAUCACAGAGGAAAUUCAAAUUCCCCCAAAAUACUACAAUUCCAUUAUUGGAGCUGGAGGAAAAUUGAUCAACUCAAUUAUGGAAGAAUGUGGCGGAGUUUCCAUUAAAUUCCCAACACCUGAAUCUAAGAGCGAUAAAGUUACAAUUCGUGGUCCAAAGGAUGAUGUUGAAAAGGCUAAACAUACAUUGCUUGAAAUGAGUAGCGAGAAGCAAUUGUCAAGUUUCACUGCCGAAGUUCGUGCCAAUCCAAAACAUCAUCGCUUCCUAAUUGGCAAAAAAGGGGCUUCCAUUAAGAAAAUUAGAGAACAAACAGGCGCAAGAAUUAUCUUCCCAACAAAUGAUGACAAGGAUAAGGAAGUUAUUACAAUUAUUGGCAAGAAAGAAAAUGUUGAAACUGCAAAAUUACAAUUGGAAGCAAUCAUUCGCGAAGUUAAUAAUAACGCAGAAAGUGAAAUGGAUGUUGAGCCUAAAUAUCAUCGUCAUUUUGUUGCUCGUCGUGGAGAAGUUAUUAAUAAGAUUAGUGAGGAAUGUGGUGGUGUUACAAUUAGUUUCCCACGUUCGACAGAAACGGACGCAACACGUGUAACAUUAAAGGGUCCAAAAGAAGGCAUCGAAGCAGCAAAACAACGAAUCAUUGAAAUUGUUGGUGAUUUAGAAUCAAUGGUUACAAUUGAAUGUGUUAUUCCACAAGUUCAUCAUCGAAGUGUUAUGGGUAAAAGUGGUGCAAAAGUUCAAGGCAUUACAAGAGAUUUUGAUGUUCAAAUCAAAUUCCCUGAUCGCAAACCAAUGGAAAGCAAUGGAGAUAUUAAUGGUGAUGCUCAUCCUGCUGAUUUAAUCCGUAUUAGUGGAAAGCGUGAAAAAUGUGAGGAAGCAAAACAGGCACUUUUAGAACUUGUUCCAAUUACUGAAGAGAUUGAUGUUCCAUUCGAUUUACAUCGUUCUAUUAUUGGUCAACAAGGCAGAGGUGUACGUGAAUUAAUGAAUACUUAUGACGUACAUAUUGAAUUAUCACCACAAGACAAGAAAUUAGAUGUUAUUAAAGUAACUGGUGCCGUUAAAAAUGUCCGUGAUGCAAAGGAAGCAAUAUCCGAUCGCGUUAAGAAACUCGAAGAGGAUCGUGCAGAUCGCGAAUUACGCAGCUUCGAAUUAAAACUCGAAAUUGAGCCAGAUUUACAUCCUAAAAUUAUCGGUCGUCGUGGUGCAGUCAUCAAUAAGAUUCGUUCAGAUCAUGAUGUACAAAUCUCGUUCCCACGCAAGGAAGAUCCAGAGAGCAAUAUCAUCAAAAUUCAGGGAUACGAAACAAAUGCUAAAUCAGCUCGCGAUGAAAUAUUAAAGAUUGUCGGUGAUUACAAUGAAAUGGUAAAAGAAAAUGUACCGUUAGAUGCUCGCAUACACUCACGUAUCAUCGGACAACGCGGUCGUCAUGUGCGUCAAAUUAUGGAGAAUUAUAAGGUCGACAUUAAAUUCCCACGAGAAGGCGAUGCCAACAUGAAUCAAGUCACCGUAAUCGGUAAGGAAGAAGAUGUCGAAAGCUGCCGCGAUCACUUGCUUAAUUUGGAAGAAGAGUACUUGCAAGAUGUUUUAGAAGCACCAAAAUCUGGCCCUGUAACUUACGAGAAUCUUUUCGAAAAUGCCAUGAAAAAACAACAACAGCCAAACAAUAAAGGAUUCGUUGUUCAAGGAGCACCAUGGGAAAAAGCACCAAACACAGCUUCUCAAAUUGAUUUCCCUGAUUUCGGCCUUGGAGGUAAACCAGAAACAUCUACCCUUCCAGCCUGGAAUCCAAAUCGCUCUUAUAAGAAAGGAAAAUCAUCAAAAAAUUGACAAAAAAAAAUGCAAAAACAAAUUCAUGGACAAUGGAAUCGGAUAAUGAGAUAUUAAAGUUAUAUAUGUAGACUACAUUUGAAAAAACUAAAACACACACACACACAUACACAACAUGAGAGAAAAUUGACCCCAAGCUCAUUAAAAUUGUAAAACACAAAUUAAUAUGGACAUUCUUAAGAGGAUAUAAGGAUACUAUAUUG